UUUUAAUAUCCCACAUUAACGCCACUACCUGUCCGAUCACCCAGAAGUUAUCCCAACUUUGCCGGGGCACGUGACUGGUCGUCCGAACAGUACAAUAUAUCUGAUCUCCGAUCACGUGACCUUCUUCCUCCGACUCGACCAAAACCAAAACCCUCGCUCAGUUUCUCCAAACGUUCUCUCAUUUCCUUUGCUUUCCUGCCCGAUCAUGGCGAAACCUGAGCCGAAUUUGGCUUCUUCGUCCUCGGAUCCGUAGCUUUUUUUUUUUUUUAUUUUUUUUUUUUUGUGUGUCUGAAUCUGAAUCUAAUGGCGACUAGAAACCGGACCUUGAUAUACAAGAAGUACAGGGACGCCUUGAAGAGCGUCCGCGUUCCUUCGAGCUCUUCACCUUCGUCGUCGUCGCCGUCGACAAGCUCAGGCGCCAGCGGCCCUGUGAUCGAAUUGGUGAGCACUUCGCUUCUGAAUCCUAAUCGGUCUUAUGCUCCGCUUAGUACUGAGGAUCCGGGUAAUUCAAGUAAGGGUGCACUUACUGUGGGUCUUCCUCCGGCUUGGGUGGAUGUAUCUGAAGAGAUAGCAGCAAAUGUGCAGCGUGCACGGACAAAGAUGGCUGAGCUAACCAAGGCUCAUGCAAAGGCUUUAAUGCCUUCUUUUGGAGAUGGUAAAGAAGAUCAACGCUUGAUAGAGGGUCUUACACUAGAGAUAACAAAUUUGAUAAGGAAAUCGGAGAAGCAACUACAAAAACUUUCUGCAGGUGGGCCUUCUGAAGAUUCAAAUAUCAGAAAAAAUGUGCAGCGUUCUCUUGCUACUGACCUUCAGAACCUCUCUAUGGAGCUUCGCAAGAAACAGUCAACUUAUUUGAAGCGUCUCAGGCAGCAAAAAGACGGUCAAGAUGGGGUUGAUCUAGAGAUGAAUGGAAGUAGAUCGAGAAUGGAAGAUGACGAUUUGGACAACAUGGUGUUUAACGAGCAUCAGAUGGCUAAGCUUAAAAAAAGUGAGGCAUUCACAGUAGAAAGGGAGAGAGAGAUCCAACAGGUUGUAGAAUCUGUAAAUGAGCUUGCUCAGAUUAUGAAGGAUCUGUCGGUACUUGUUAUAGACCAGGGUACCAUUGUUGAUAGGAUAGAUUACAAUAUUCAGAAUGUUGCAUCUACAGUCGAGGAGGGCCUCAAGCAGCUGCAGAAGGCUGAGAGAACACAGAAGAAAGGAGGGAUGGUGAAGUGUGCUACAGUGCUCAUUAUCAUGUGCUUUAUCAUGUUGGUCCUCCUAAUCCUCAAAGAGAUAUUCUUGUGAUCUGCAUCAACAGUUUUUUACACCAUUUCGCAUACAUUCUAAUUGUUGAAACCUUCCCCUGAUGCUUCCACACACGCAAAGAUAGAUGAUUUUGUUAAAUCCUUAAUAGAGGCUUACGGAAUUUUGAAGUGCCACAGCUACGUAUACUACAUAAGAAUGACGACUAUUUCUUUGUUCAUUUUGAUUUUUCGGGUAUUUGGGGGAAAAGAUAAAAUGCUAAAUGACGGUGGGACAUCGAUGAUGAACGUAGAAUGAAUGUCCCAGUAAGUUGUAUAGGAUUUUUACCAAGGAACAUUGAUAAUGUUGAUGAUUCUUUUGAUUUUUCUUUCAUGCGGGAUUUUGGUGCUUUCUGUAUCUUUAGCACUCUGAUACAUCUGAGAUUAAAUUUUUAUUCUUUUUCAUUGUUUGUAUCGAUUUUAUCCUGCAAUAAAGUGAAAUACAUCAAUUAUGCAGUGGAA